GAAGCGUCAUUGUUCAGCGUCAAUCUCGUUUUUCUUUAUUCGCGUCGUUUUACGCUCCGUAGUUUGUACAAUUCUACAGUCUACACAAAACCGUCUCUGAAACAUCAGUUCAAACGUCACAGUUGCGCCGGAGUUUUCGCGGAGAUUGGACGUACGAUAGUCGUUUUUUAUUAAACUGACAUUUCAGAAUAUAAUUGUGUGUUUGUUACAAAAAGUAAAACAAUUUUUUAUAAAAGAUUUGUAUACCUUGUGAUUUUUGGAUGUGAAUGACACUGUAAUCAAAAUGUUGGCUAAACUCGUGUUUAUGUUAUUCGUGAUCUCGUCACAACUGGAAGGAGCGGCUAGAGACAAUUUUAGAAGGGGAGAAACGUCAUACAACGAGCCAGCAUUGAUCCGACGUGUGCCACGUCAGGUCGCGUGCGGGUACUUUCCGGACGAGUUCAAGUUCGUGUGUUCAGAUGGCACUUGCAUCGCAGCGGACAAGAAGUGCGACGGUACCGUCGACUGUCUCGACGGUUCGGACGAAACGCACCACCUCUGCAGGGAGACACCGUGCCCCGACCACCUAUUUCGCUGUACAUACGGCGCAUGCGUCGGCGGUUCGGCGCCGUGUAAUGGUGUCACAGACUGCGCCGACAAUUCCGACGAGUUGCAACCGAAAUGCAACAAUUAUACCUUUGAAAUAGGGGGACAGUUUAAGUGCAAUGACAGCAGUCUCAUCGAGAGCGACCGGUGGUGUGACGGCAUCCGCGACUGCAGCGACGGCUCCGACGAGACGUUGGUGGCGUGCGCCGGUAACGUCUGCGCCUCCAAUGGGUUCCAGUGCGCUUAUGGGGCCUGCGUCGACGAGGGCGCCGCCUGUAAUGACAUAGACGAAUGCGCUGAUGGAUCUGACGAGUCGGAUAAACUAUGCAACAGGACAGUACCACGGAGAGCCACCACAACGACCACCACAACGACCGCGCCGAGUACGACAACAGUGGGUGUUCCAUACAUGUGCGUGUUACCACCGCACCCGGCAAACGGCCUGUUCCUGAAGAAUGGUGAAUCAGCUGAAUACAGAGCCGGUGAAGCCGUGAUCUCCGCCUAUUUCAAUAUCACCUGCUCACUUGGAUACAAGGUCGUCGGAGAGUCAGUGGUCAUCUGCUACUCAGGACUGUGGAUACCAGCGAAAUUACCAUCCUGUGUCCGUGCCUGUUCAUUGAAGCCGUCGGAUAGCGUCGAGUACCGAUGCGUGCUGCUUGACAAGAGCAUGGACGGCACGCGUGACUGCGAAGAGUUGGAGGUGCUCCGGACCGUUGUGAAGCCCGAGUGUCGCCUCCCCAACUACUACAGUCCCAUCACGCUGCCAUACAUGUACUGUACCGACAAGGGCUGGACCUACAAGCCCACCUGUCUAGCCAAGUGCGGCACGCCCACGCCGCGCGCCGAGCCGCUCGUGGCGGGCGGGCGCGUGGCGGAGCGCGGGGACUUCCCGUGGCACGCCGCCCUGCACCGCCGCGCCGACGGCACCGGCGAUGACUACGAGCAGAUCUGCGGCGGCUCGCUCCUCAACGAGUGGACCGUCGUCACCGCUGCGCACUGCGUUUGGUCGAACGAUGACCGUAGAGUCAUGCCGGUCAAGCAUUUCAUGGUGGCUACGGGCAAGCUGUACAGGGAGCUGAACGACACACGGGACAAAGACAACCAGCAGACAUCCCAAGUUUCAGCGAUUCACGUACCUGAACGAUACGACGGAGCUAAUCUGCUUUACCAGGAUGAUCUGGCUGUGAUCAAAGUCAAAGACAGAUUCGUAUUCAGUAUCUACAUUCAUCCAGUUUGUCUUGAUUUCUCGUUAAAGUUCGAUAAAUUCCAGUUGAAAAAAGGAAAUAUGGGCAGAGCUGCGGGUUGGGGACUCACUCAGAGCCGACUUGGGACCGAGUCCACGAAGCUGAAGGUUUUGGACAUGCCGUACGUGGAGUGGCAGGAAUGCAAAGAACGCACCCCGCCCGAGUACUCCGCCUUCAUCAUAAGUGACAAGAUCUGCGCCGGUUUCGGCAACGGCACGACGCUGUGCAAGGGCGACAGCGGCAGCGGGCUGGUGUUCAGCGCGCGCGAGCACGGUGAGAUGCGCUAUUACCUGCGCGGCGUGCUGUCCACGGGCCCACCGAACCCCGACGGCAGCGGCUGCAACCCCAACGCGCUCUCCAGCUUCACGCACGUGCAGGAACACGCCUCCUUCCUGCGGCGGCACCUCGCCGACGACCCGCGCCCCUAGAGCACUACACUGGAGUGGCCUAACUAUUUUGACAAUACCUCAUUGAGUUUGAUAAGGGGUCACGUUCCUAGGGAUGAUAAACGCUUUAAAAUUUUUGUAUAAAAGGAACGUCUCUCUUUCGCGUGGAUUUAGUAUGUAGGUGUAACGUCCUUUCCUUCUAUAUAUUUAUUUCUGUUGUGUCAUUAUUUCACCAUCUGUCUAGCAGAUGAGAUUAAUUUUCAUUAUUACAAAUUAUAUUUAUAUUCAUAAAAUGAUGUGCUUAAUACACAUCUUAUAUUAUUAAUAAUAUUAUAUUGCUAUUUGAUAGUCUAUAUUUCUAAAUAUAUAUAUAUAUUUUAAUCCAAUCAAGAAUCAACGUAUCGAAAAAUAUUUUGUCUUCCAAAUUGAUUUUUAAAUGUCUUCCAUGUCUAACUUAUCGGUAUACAAAGUUAUUCGAUAACCGUUUCGGAAAUGAAGAACAUCUUUGCCUUAAAAGAUCUCAUAUUUGUCGAUAAAAAAGAAUAAAAACUAAAAAAAAAACGAAAAUAAAAUAUGUUAAAAAUACGUAUAAGAAACAAGUACCAGUAAGCUCCUCCCCUUAGUUCCC